UAAAAAUAUGUGUGUGGACCCUCCUUUGAAACUUAUCCACGUCUCUUACAUAUACCAGCGAGACCAUUAUUCAUCAAGACCCUGUUGUAGCCAACAUACAGUGUUGCUAUAUAUAUAAAAAUAAGUCUGCAUGCAUGCUGUAAGGUCUUGGUAUUAAUUAUAACAAGUGUGUAUACGUUAUGGGAGAAUCGGGGAACCAACGAGGCAAGGAAGUGAAGGACGGAGACACUUCAAGCGGUGUUAGACAAGAGUAUGCAAUUUCUCCACUCAAUCUAUGUUUGUUCGCCAUACGGAAUCAAUUUCGUAGUUUCUUAGUGAUUUUGUCGAAAAAGGUCAAAAAGAAAGUUCUUACCACUAGGACGGGUUCAAAGGAAUCAGUUGACAGAGAGAAAAGACUGGCUUUAAUAAGAGCAUGGGAAGAAAGUGAGAAGACAAAAGCAGAGAACAGGGCAUAUAAAAGGCACAAUGCUGUUGUAUUGUGGGAGAAUAGUAAGAAAGCAUCUGCGGAGGCACAUCUUAAAAGGAUUGAGGAAAAAUUGGACAGAAACAAAGCAAAGUGUGUAGAAAAAAUGCAAAAUAAAGUUGCAGAAAUUCAUCGAACAGCAGAAGAGAAAAGGGCAAUGAUAGAAGCCUACAAGGGAGAAGAAUUCCUAGAAAUAGAGGAGAAAGCAGCAAAGUUUCGUACCCGUGGCUAUUCACCCAAGAAAUAUCUACCAUGCUUCGGCAGUUAAAGGAUUUUCAGCCAAAUCAAAAAAAAAUUCUCAUAUAUGCCUUGCUUUAUAUAUAUAUGUUUAAAUUAUGCUGUGUGUGUUGCUUAUGUGUAAUAAGAGCCGGAUAUUCAUAUUUGCAUAUUCAAAAAACACAAGGAAGAUAUAAUAUAACGAAAAUAUUCCUCA